CCAGUUGCAUCUGAACAUCUAGUCACUGGCAUUAUAGGAGCAUCUAUUCUCUUGCCCUGUGACCUGAAUUUAUCCAUCAACCCAGCAAGACUCCGGUUCCAUUGGCAAGAUCAUUCAGACGUCGUGUUGUACUCGUUCAACAAAGGAGUUGAGCAAGAAUAUCAGAACAAACUUUACACAAACAGGACUAAUGCCUUUCAGGUUGAGAUGAGUUCUGGGAAUAUCUCUAUCAAACUCAGCCAAGUAACACCUCAAGACAACAAGAACACCUACUGGGCCUUUGCUUCGCUGUUCGACAGUAAUGAUCAAAAUAUCCAUGUCACCAAAGAGUGUCAGACUACCCUGCUUGUGGCAGGUAUGGCAGAGUUAUUUAUAGCCCUUGUGGGAAAUCAUAAAGGACAUUAUUAAAGCAUUUAUACAUGGCACCUUUCUCUCAAUUCUUGUCUUUGCCUUGUACACUUUCAGCACGGUUCCUGACACCCAAAUUGACUGUGAACUACAAAGAGAUGAACGCAAUGUGUUUGACCCAGGGAGGAUAUCCUGAACCAAAGGUCACAUGGACCAUUCAGGAUCUCUCACAGCCUCAGAACUGCACUCUGGACCCCAGGGAAGUACAGACCAACAUUACACUUGAUCCUGAAAGUGGACUGUACACUGUCUGGAGCCAAGUGAAUUUCACAGAGAAUCAGUCUGUGACUUGCCAGGUGUUCAACCCCAUUCUGAGAGAGACUGUGAGCAACACAACCAUCAUAUGCACCAGUAAGAGCAUUCACAUAGACCCUGCAGGGACAUGAUACAGUGUGUUACAUCCACCUCUCAUUGCCUAAUCUUUAUUAACUAAAAAUGUAAUUAAACUGGUCUUGUCUUUUCCCCACAGGUAAGGUGCAGGAAGGCCUUUCUAUCGGUGUUAUUGUAGGCAUCACACUAUUGAUGCUGAUUUGCGUCGGGGGAAUCAUUUUUCCUGUGUACAAACAA